UACAUAAGCAUGAAUAGUUGUUUCUAUUUCAUAGCUAACGUUUUAUUAUAUAUAUAUUUAAUAUAUCGAUGCUGUGGACGUAUAGUGCGUAUGUUUAGUUAACAACCCGACUUUGACGUUGGUCUUUCAGAAUAAUGCAAACUUUGAAAGGAGUCAGACACUUGAUGACAUCAGCUACCAUGAAACAAGCAGUGUCAGAGUUCAAUAUGCCAGUGCCGUGGGGAGAGAUAAGGGGCAAGGUCUGGGGUCCUGACCAUGGUCGACCAAUACUCUGCCUGCACGGCUGGGCAGACAACUGUGGCACUUUCAACACUCUCAUUCCACUGCUGCCAAAAGAGUGGAAGUGUGUAGCUGUGGAUAUGGCUGGCCAUGGCCUCUCCUCCCAUAGACCUCCUGGAGUCUUCUACAGCUUUCCUGCUUAUGUGGCUGACAUACGGCGGGUCAUUGGAGCUCUCCAGUGGAAGAGAUUCUCUAUUAUCGGACACAGUAUGGGUGGCAAUGUAGCUGGAAUAUUCAGUGCGUUGUAUCCAGAGAUGGUGGAGUCAGUGGUUCUCCUGGACUCCUAUGGAUUCUUACCCACAGACACGAAGGAAUUGCAUACGGUGAUAAGACAGGGAUUUGAAGGAAUGCUUGAGUUUGAGAAGAAGAAAGAGAAGGUUUACACCUAUGAGAACGCAUUGAUGAGGCUUUUGGCAGCAAACCCCUCUCUCUCGGAGCAGUCAGCCCACAUUCUUCUAGAACGAGGACUCUCUCAGGUUGAAGGAGGUGUGGUGUUCACACGAGACUUUAGAAUCAAUCUGAAAAAUGUUGUGCGUGUCAGUCUGGAGCAGAGUCUGGAGUUGCAGUCCAGGAUACAGGCCAGAGUUCUAGUAGUGCUGACGGAGGAGGGGUUUGAGAAGAUGUUUUCUGAACCACAACAGAAGACAUUUACCUCAACGCUACUUCAAGGGUAUAAAGACCAAAGCGGCAUGGUGGUUAACGUACCUGGUGAUCAUCAUGUCCACCUGAACACCCCUGAGACUGUGGCCCAACUCGUCAUUGACUUCCUCCAGAAAGAAGCUCCUUCACACAGCACUGCAGAGGAUACACAGGCAGCCAAGUUAUAAUCCCCCACCCCUCCCCCACUGUGUUAGUUAGUGUUUACAACUCUCAGAUACAUGCAGUGUGCCUGUAGCCUUCCGGGUGCCAUCCAUCCAUUCAUAACAUGAGCAGUAUUAAAGGUAGACUCAGCUACAUGGCGUAGAUGCAGAAGGUAAAUGGCAUAGUGGGUACAUUUCCGCAACAAUUCCUGGUGAACCCGUGAGAUGGACUGUGUGAGAGCGAAGUCUUGUAUCUCACUCAUCUCAAUAUCUGCGGUGCUGCCCGUGUCAACGUCAUUCUGCUGAAUCUACCCAUAAUAUGAGACUGGAUCAGUUUACAAACCUGUAGACACAGAAUAAAUUGCUACUUGUGCAAAAAGACAACUGUUACAUAAACAGACUUUAAAGACUUUGAGUCUAUAAUAUUUAUUAUAUUGUGCUGUAUCUAAAACACACUAAUACAUUUUUUAACGGCAGUCUGUCGAGCUAGAAUACUUGAUGUUUACCAGUUUCUGUAUGUCAUGUCUUUUUAGAACUGGGCUGUUUUCUCCCAACUGAUGCCCCGGCGAUGCCUUUACAGUGCCUUGCUACUGGUCAGAACCUAUUGACAUGCAUUCAUAUUUUAAUAAAUCACACAUUUUUAUGAAAAAAAUAAUUGUAUAGGGUUCAGCUUCACACCAAUCAGAUGCAGACCUACAUGUCCACUUCCUGGAUGUGGCCCAAUGAGAAGUGGAUUAGAGGUUGAUCUAUCAAGCUUCUCUUUCCUACAUAUGGUCCUAGAGCUGAGUAACAAUCAUUCAACUAAUUGGACAAAGGCUUCUUCCUGGUACAGUUUGACAAUAAAUAGGUCAUCCUUGCUGCUCUUCA